AUGUCCGAUGGAAACAAAUUUGACGUAACUGCAUACGCAAAACAACGUCAGCAAAAUCGAUUACCAUUAGAAGAAAUGGGCAAUGUAUUGCUUGACGCGAUGCAAGGUACUCUUAUUUGUCUUGACAAUAAUCAUAUUAUUGUUGACGCAUCACAAACAAUAAAACACUAUUUUGGUUUUGAACAAGCUGAAAUCAUUGGUCUCUCAAUAUUUUUGUUAAUUGAAGAUAGUGAAAGAGAUCUAUUUUCAAAAUUCCUUUCCAGUACAUCACAACUAUUCGAUAUUUGUUGUGUUCGAAUGAUUGUGGCUGUUACAAAUGAAUAUAGACAAGUUAAAAUACAUCGAAAAAGAAAAAUUAAUCAAGAUAAUGCUGAUGUUCAUUCUACCACACAUCGCUAUAGUGGUGCAGUAGGAACAAUACUUGUUGUUACAUUGGACGAUUCAUCCUAUAUUGAUUUAACACUUUUUGAUGUACAUAAAGAAGAAUUUUAUACAAAAAUGAAUUUAAUAGGUGAAAUUACAUUCGAAGAUCAUAGAGGUGCUGUCAUAACUGGCUAUCUACCACAUGAAAUAAUAUCUCAAUCCAUAUUCAAUUUUGUCUAUCAUGAAGAUCGUUUAGUUAAAUUACAUGCAUUAUGGAAAUGCGUUACUACUGGUGCAAGUAAAUUGCAAUGGCGUUUAAAUGCACGUGAUGGUUCGUUAGUUUUUCUUCAUACUGAAUAUAAACUAAUAGCAAAUCAUCAAAAUCACGAUACAAUUGUUGCUCGCAAUGAAGUUCUUGAUUCAAUACAACGAUCACAAUUCGAUGAAUUACAAGCAGCUUGGAGACAUCAGUGUGCAGCAGAUAUUAAAGGAAAUAGUUCAUCAUUUAAACUAAUAUCAUCAGCAGACAUGGAUUCUUCUUCUUCUAUUUCAUCUGGUGAUUGUCGUAUAUGUGUUCCAUCAUUAAAUAUGUGUUUUUCAACGAAUAAAUUACAAUCAUUAAAACUCGUAGGAAAUAUAUUUGAUAUAUCAAAAUUAACACGUCCAUUAACCAUUCAAGAUUAUAUAUCAAUAUUAAUUGAUAACGACAAAUAUAUUGAUAGAGAAUUAGCAACUAUAAUUAACAGUUUACCAACAUUAGUAUCACGUUAUAGACGUGUAAAUAAUAAUGAUAAUCAAUUUGCAAGCGAACCCGAUAUUUCAGAAAUAACGAUGGAUGAAAAGUCAUCAUCAGAUUUUUCGUCAUCAUCAGAUUUUUCGUCAUCAUUCAAUGGCUUCUCUUCUGUUAAAAAAGAAAAUUCUGAUUCGAUCGUUCGUGGUAUCCUCAAUAAUUCAAUGAAGUAUAAUCAUGAAAAAGCAUCAGCUGAUUCACUACCAACAUUAGUUCGAAUGUUAAAUGGCAGUAGUGUACAGAAUGAUAGCACAAAAAUGCCAACAUCUCAACAGCAACCUCAAAUCAAUCAAACUAAGCAAAAUAAUGUUCCAUUAAAUCCUGAAACCAUUCAACAGCAACAUAUUGAUUUUAUUAAAAAAUAUACAGCAGCAAAAGAAAAAUUAGAAUCUCAAUUAGAACAAGCAAGAAAACAGGAAAUAGCGAACGGUGGACAAACAAGUGACGUGAUGAAACGAAAUACUAUACUUAAUAAAUUAUCUCAAUUAGAAAAUAUAAAAAAUAAACAUUUAGCCCGUACACUUGAAUUAAGACGACAGAGCCAACAAAUAACAACAGCCGUACCUGUCAAUAACAUGGAACAAAAAGAUUUACUUAGUAGUUCAUUUACACCAAUACCAUCACCAAAAUCGAUGGGAUACAUACCAAUUGAAAAUAAUGGCCAAACACCUAUUUCGUCACCUAUGCCGCCUUCAUAUAAUUCACCAAUAACACCAUUUUAUUCACCCGGCUAUCAACAUCAACGAAAUUCUCCACCAAUAUAUCGGCCAACAGCAUCACAAUAUGAUCUUGGACAAACCUCAGCACCAUUUCAUGAUUUGCAUACAAGAGUUAAAACUCCUGUGUUUGAUGAAUUUUUACUACCACCAUCCACACCAUCAUAUAUACCCGUGAACAAUCAAUCAUUAUCAGUACAUUCAUAUAUGAAUGUAUCCUUUCAAGGUACUGCAAAUAAUCAAGCAACUAUGGCACCUUCUUCUUUCAAUCAUCAACAUCAUCAUCAUCACAAUACUACCUAUCCUUAUUGA